AUGAUUAAUAUCAAUUAUGAGAGAGCAAAUAAAUGGAUGAAAGCUUUAGGGUAUUUACCUUCUGACAAAAGCAAUUAUAAGCAACAUUUUGAUGAAAUGGAAUAAAAAUACAAUUAACUAAUAAAAGAUUUCACAAUGUCUAAUGAAAAACUAAUUGUAGAAUAAUUAAAAAAGUUUUCGUAAGAGAAUUAAACAUUAAGUAAUUAAGAAUAUGAAGAAGAAAAAGUAAAAAUCGUUUCAAAAUAUAUGAGCUUUGAAGUUUAUCAAUAAAAUGAGCAUUUUUAAAAAUUGAUUUAAAUAGAUUCUGAGUAAAUUAUUUUAACAAUUAAUAGUCGGAUUUUAACAAAUUUAAAAUUUUUAAAUAACCCUUAUUAUCAACAUAUAGAAUAAUUUUUUUAUGUAAAUAAUUUUGGUAUGUAAUUUGAUACAAAAGAGGAAUCUACUACAACAUAUUUAGAUGUAAUGAAGAGAAUUUUGUAUAUUUAUUGUAGAUUGCAUCCAAAUAUUGGAUAUAUUGUAAUAAAUGUUAAAAAUUAUUUUUUAGUCAGGAAUGAAUUAUCUCUUAGCUCCUAUAUUGAGAGUAAUAUAAAAAGAAGCAGAUUGUUUUUUUUGUUUUGAAAGAUUAAUGGAGAGAUAAUAAUAAUAUUUCUCAUAAUAUGAUAAUUAAAAAGCAAUAGCUGAAACUAUGAAAAGAUUUGAUGAAAUGAUAUAAAAGUAAGAACCAUAAUUGGAAUAGUAUAUGAAUGGAAUUGGAGUUAAUAUAUCAAUGUUUUUUGUUAGAUGGUUUAUAACUUUAUUCACUAGUGAUUUAGAUAUUGAUAUAGUUAUUUAAUUAUGGGAUAAUAUGUUAUGGAAAGAUUAUUAAGAAUAUUAAUUUGAAAUAAUAAUUGAAGUAUUAAGAAGAAUGAAGAAAAAGAUUUUAAAAUCAAAUUUUGAUUAAUUUGUUUAACUAAUAUAAGAAAAAAAUGAAAAUGGGGUGAAGAAAAUAAUAAAUUCAAUUUUGAAUAAAUGA